CAGAUAAUAGUUGGUUAUCUUCCCCUGCCAACCGACAGGUGGCGCCACUGUUCCCGGUCCAUCAGAAUCCCUUAUCGAUUAGCAUCAUUCUGAGACAAAUCAAAACAAACGUUCUUUACUUUUAAAAAAUGGAAUCUAAGUUCGGAUCAUUUACAAUUCCACAACUGAAGGCAGAAUUGAAAAAAAGGGGUGCUAGACUUUCUGGACGUAAGAAUGAAUUGGUUGAAAGAUUAGUGUCUUACGAGAGAAAUCAAAACUUUGGAAAUGUAGAGACUUUAGAGCCUGAAUACAACAUGACAUUACCAGAUCCCACAAAAUUGCGGAUGUCAACUCGGAUUCAAAAUUUCCGACAACAGAACUAG